CAAAAGUCGACCCGCACUAACCUUUUGCGCCUGCCUGACCCUACCAACUCCAUCUUUCCCCAAAGCCAGCAAUCUGACUCAUUACGCAUCAUCUUCCUCAUAACCGACUAGAAAAGGACUAAAGUCUUGCUGCCUUCUGAUAGAAGCCUGAUUCAACUCCUCCGCAAACAUUUCACGACUAUUCACAAGAUCAUUCAAAGCGAUGGCACGAGGUGGUCGAGGCGGCGGUAAUCGCAACCCGGCGAAUCAAUCGAGAGACGUGCAAGUGUCAAGGAAGAUUAGUUGGUUAUUACGACAUGGUGCUAGUCAAGAGGGGUUGAAGCUGGGAAAGGGCGGGUAUGUCAAUGUGCAGGAGGCACUCAACACCAAAACCCUCAAGGGCUUAAAAGUCACAUUCCCUGAACUCCGGGACAUAGUCGCCAACAAUGACAAACAGCGCUACUCCAUGAUAUUAGCAUCCUCACUCGAUCAAGAGUCAUCUGACAGCACAGCACCGCAACAGGAGCAACCCGCACCAGACGCACUUGAAAGUAUACCAGAAUCCGACAACCCAGCCGACUACCUCAUCCGCGCCAACCAGGGCCACUCCAUCAAAGUCGAUUCCGAAGGCCUCCUCACCCCCAUCACCCAAGAAGCUGGAAAUGUUCCCGAAACCGUUGUUCACGGCACCAACGAGAAGGCCUGGAACCUCAUCCUCAAAGGCGGUGGUAUGCGGCGCAUGGGACGCAACCACAUGCAUUUCGCAUCCGGACUCCCCGCUGGAUUCAAAGUCCUCGACGCUUCUGCUGACUCCACUACCGAAGAAAAGGAAGCCGCACCCGUCAUCUCAGGCAUGCGCACAAAUUCUACAAUUCUCAUAUAUAUCGACAUCAACGCUGCGCUUGCUGCUGGUAUCAAGUUCUUCCUUUCUGAGAACGGGGUUAUACUUACUGAGGGUAACGAGCAAGGAUUACUUUCGUAUGAGUUCUUCAAGAGGGUUGAGAGUAGGAAGAAGGAUGGUGGCGUGUUGAUGAGCGGGGGGAAGUUGCCCGAGGGUGUGGUUGUGGAUGUUGAGGGGUGGGAGAAGGAGGUUGAGGAUGGGCAGAGGGGGAAAAAGGGUGGGCGGGGUGGUAGAAGAGGAGGCAGAGGUGGUGGACGGAGUGGUGGUAGUGGUGGGAAGGAGAUGGCAGUAGAUGACGCUGGAGAUGCGGCUGCUGAUGCUUGAGUGUGAUCAAGAUUGCGAGGGAGUCGAAGAGAGGUAUCUGUGCUAAGAGCGAUUAAUGAUCAAACGACAGAUCAGAAACUGGUUGUCGUAGGUGCUGGGUAUGGCAAGCCAUGUAUUACUUACCCAUUCUAAUUCGGGCCGCAGAGUCGCUAUCGGCAGCAUAUUAUUGUAGUAGCCAGGCAGACAUUUCACUCGAAAAAUAGUACCACAAAGUUGAAUCUUGAA